AUGAAGAUCCAGAAGAACACCUCGACUUCACUCCUGCUUCUCCCGUUAUUGGCAAGUUCGACACUAGCUUUACCAGGAAGGAAGAGACAUCAACCGUUGUUCAGGAGGAUAUAUGGAAAUCACAAACGUCAGGAUGAUAGUGACGCUUCGCCAUCGGGAUCAGCAGGAGAUGUACAUGAACCUUCUUCGGUAGCUUCUAGCAGUGCUAGUGCUACUGGUAGUGCAAUCGCAUCUUCUUCAAGCUCAGCAGAAGCUAGCUCAACCUACAGUGGUAUAGAAGCAUCUGCCUCUGCAUCCUCGUCAGCUUCCAAUGGUUUAUCACCAUAUGAAGAAUCCAGUUCAAACUCAACUACAGGUAGUCAAAAUACAAACUCAGGAUAUGAUACCAUCAAUCCCAACCCUGGAAAUGUAACUUCCGAAUACCUUUCUUCGUUAUUAGAAAAUUCAAAGGGAUAUGAAACCUUGACUUAUUCAGUCUAUACACCUGUCACUGAGACUGUCACGAAUACCCAAACCCAAGUUCAAAUGGCCACUUCGACUGUGACUGCUGAAGGGUCUGAGUCGACGGACAAUGCGUAUCUGGACGAGAUUCAAAAAGCAGCUGAGAGUUAUGCGAAGAACAAUAUGGGGGGUUAUUUACCUACUAUCACUUUGGAGGUGAUCUUGGAACCUACACAGGAACCAGAUGGUACAUGGGAUUAUGUCGUCCACAUCGGUGCAGACGGCAUAGCAACCGCUUCACCGACCUACUACCCUGCCAAUCCCACUUCUACUUCCACUUCAGGUUCCAGCUCUGGACCUGGAUCGUCAGACGAAGAAGCCUAUUCGUACUCAUCUUCCCCUAUAACCACCUCCUUUGAUCAUGAGGCACCAUCCCCUACUACCUCUUCGUCAAGCAAUUCAGGCUCGACAGGAUCCAGAUCAAUCAACAUCGCUUCUAUAACCUCGGCAGCAGCAGCUCAAGCAACCAACCCAUACCUUCAAACCGCUUCUAACAUCUACGUCCCAAUUUCAACCGCAUCUUCAGCCACUACCGCCUCAGCCUCAGCUUCUGCAGGCUCAGGAUCAGAUACGUCUUCUUCAGAUAACAGUCAGACCUCCUCUUCGACUUCCGGGUCGGGGAGCGACGAGUCUUCUGAUAAUACUGGAGAUGAUACUUCCGCAUCUGCUUCUUCCUCUGGUUCUGGUACUUCUACUGGAAGUAGUUCAGCUGAUAAUGCUCAAUCAACCGAUUACUCUGUUCCGGGACAUAGUGAAUCAAACUUUGACAAUGGUUCAGACGACUCUUCUUCUUCUGCUGCCGCAUCUUCCUCGACCUCAUCUGAACAAGCUACCUCGACAAGUGCACCAGGUCAUGAAACGUCCUUUGGCGGUUCUUCACCUGAUAGUGAUAGUGAUUCCGAUUCUGGAUCUUCCGAUUCUGAUACUGCUACUACUGCCACUUCAGCUGAUCCAGCAGCUACCACUGCUCCUUACCCCGUAUGGUAUGGCGGUUCAGGCGACGAUUCUUCCUCUGAAUCUGCUUCUGCUUCCGCUACCUCCGUCGAAGAAUCUACCCAAACUUCUACCCCUUACCCUCCUUGGUACGGUGGUUCAGGUGACCCAGGCGAUUCUUCCAACUCUACCGCUCCUAUCGUAAACGGUACAGACCCCAACUUCAAUGGUAACGGUACAUUCCCUACCAAUGGGACCGAUCCAGUUGGUAAUGUCACCGUCCCAAUUGUCAACGGUACUUCCCCCGUAGACAUCAACGCUACCGUACCUAUCGAUGUCAACUCUACAGCUCCCGUGACCUCUACCGAUCUCCCUAUUAACGCUACCGCCUCCACCUCCGCUUCCAUCUCAGGUGUCUUUAGCUCUGUAGCUCCUUCAGUGACCAGUUCAGUAUCGGCUGCUCCUUCAGCCGCUGAUUCCGGAUCAGCAGGUUCCCCUUCACCUUCUGCUUCCGCAUCAGUAGUAUCUUCAGCAGCCGAUUCAGGAACUUACGGUGCUCCUCAACCUUCCAUGACUAGCUCAGAGUCGGCUUCUAGUGUAGCUUCUUCUGCUAUCGAUUCAGGGUCUGCCGGUCAACCUUCUCCUACCGCUUCUACUUCUUCCUCCUCUGCCGCCGCAUCAAUCUCACCUUCUGUUGAACCUUCCGCGAUCUCAUCUUCUAUAUCUGAAUCGAUACUUCCCACCGAAUCAGCUUCCGGCACUUCGACUUCUACCUCUUCCGCUUCUGAAUCAGUGAUCACCUCAUCACCUUCGUCAACUGUCUCUGUCGAAGAGAACGAAAAUGGAAUCGCUACUGAAUCAUUAACUUCAUGGACCACAGUGGACAUCACCAUGACCCUUACCGCAUCUUCUACCGCCCCUACCGCUUCAGCCAGUGCUAUUGCUACUGCUACUGCUACCGCUUCAGUAAAUGCUUCCAUACCAGGAAACGUCAAUCUUGCUGAACCAGUGACAGAGUCUGAGUCUGUUUCCGGAUCAGAGACGGCAACUUUCGAUCCUACUUCAGCAGCUAGUAAUUUCGCUUAUCUCCCACCUGAAGAGACCGCUUCUGCCUCCGCCACUGCAUCUUCGACUUCGACUUCGGAUGAGGUAACCCCAACUUCCUCCGCUUCUUCUUCCGAAGAAAUUAUCCCUACUUCUUCCGCCACCUCUUCUGAUCCCGAAAUAACAGCUACAGCCUCAGCCACCAUCACUUCAUCAGCUUCCGAUCCUACCGAAACAGAUUGCGACGAAGAUGAGACCGUAUCUGAUUCGGAUGUUGUGGAAAGAGGAUACGAUGGUGAGGAUGAAUACGAAGUUGUUUGGGUCAACGAAGAGGACGUUCAACCUGAAUGGGAGAUCUUGGCUUAA